AUGCCUCCAAGCGGGGGUGACCGAAAAACGCCAAAGCGCCGUGUCCCCGAUUCUCUUCGGCGCCGCACACCCGUGAGCUGUGACCGAUGCAAGCUCCGUCGCAUUCGAUGUGUGCGCGCCAACGAGAACGAGUCGUGCGCUAGCUGCUUUGACCAUGGAGUCGAGUGCAAGUCGACCAUGCCGCGCAAGCAGCGCCUCUAUGGCAGCGUCGAAAAGCUCAGUGUGCGCUACCGGGCCCUCGACGCUCUCGUCCGCGGUCUCUUCCCAGAUGAAGACACCGAUCAGAUAGAGGUUUUGUUCAAACUCGCUCAGGACCGGGAUAUUGCCAUGCCCUCGCCGGACGAACAAGCGCUCGCUCCCGAAGCUUUCAGCGAGAGCUCCCCGACAACGACUGCUGCUGCUGCUACUUCUUCCCAGCCCGACGUAGACGAGUUCUCAGAAGAAAAAUCACAUGAUUUACUGCUGGAGCCAGUACAGGAGCGGAUGAUUCCUGGUCCUCAUCGUAUAUUGCAAUACGUCGGUCCAUCGAGUACUUCCGAUUUUGCGUCAAUCAUUCGACAACUCGUCGCCAAGCUGAACUGGGUGGCAUUAGAAUCGCGCGAGCGUGAACGUUCUAAUGACAAACAAGCGAUAGAGAGCAGAAUAUCCGGGGCCCAUCCUCCCAGCAGGGACCUAGAGCCUCAGAUAAAACAUGAACCAGAGCCUUCAGCGUCUGAGAAAAAUAGCUCCGACGAGGAGAACCCCAUCCCAGGCGAGAGCACUCUUCGACAACUUUUAAUUGCUUCUCUACCAUACAGGCCCGCUCCAGACUCAGACACCCCGGCUGCCAGUGCCCUCAAAAACCUUCUCCCGCAGCGGAAGCAGUGUGACAGCCUGGUGGAAGCGUACUUUAGCAACAUUCAUCCUUCCUUCUUCGUCUUUCAUCGAGGCUCUUUCAUGCGCCAGUACGAGGCUCUCUGGCGCGUUGGCGCCUUGAAAGCACAAGAACCAGGAGUUGGUUGGAUAUGCUCCUUGUUCAUGGUCAUUAUCCUGGGAGCAAACUCCCUCGGGGAGGAGCAGUGCCCGGACUCACUCUCCAUUCAAAACAAAUAUUUCAAGUUGAUCCGCGAACGGAUUGGUUCAAUUGCAUUUACUGCUAGUUUAGAAAACGUGCAGGCCCUGCUUUUGUUACAACUUUAUGAACACAAUUCGGGAGAACGCAACACGGCAUGGCUAUUCCUAGGCCUUGCAGGACGGAUGGCCAUAACCAUCGGCAUGCACCGGGAGGGCACUUACAAGAACUUUGGCCCGACCGAAUCUCAUACGCGGCGGAUUGUUUGGUGGACCCUAUUUCACUUUGAUCAAAGCCUAGCGUCCAUUCUAGCCCGGCCAAACAUAAUUGACAACAAGGAAGUGAAUACGAGACAGCCAGAUGACAACUUCCUCGGUGAAAUAGGCUUUCCCGAGGGAUUUGGUGAGCAAAUAUGGGCCUUGAUUGAUAUUGCAGCCCGGGUGAAGAGGCUAGCUGCCACGAUUUCAGCACGAUAUGCUGACGAGACGGCUUUGCUAUCGUCUGCUGGUCACGUCAAACAAUUACUACAAGAACUAGAAGCAUGGAAGGCUCGGCUGCCUCCAAAUUUAGAACCGGAGUCACCAGGCAUACCAGAAAAACAUCUCCGAACAGUCAUAAUGUUGACCGCGUUAUACUUCCAUUGCAAGUCUGUUGUGACUCGACCUUUUCUUGUUUGUAAAGUCAAUCGUCAGGUCGAUCGUUUUCUGCAGGGCGAUAAAUCGCCGACGCUAAGCCCCGCAAGCCCUACUACGGAGUCGAUGAGCCGGGAAUGCCAUACCUCAGCUACCGCUGUACUAGACCACUUUCUCCAGCUAUCGAGCCUUGGUCUUUUGCAAGGUGUGGCAUGGACGGAUUAUUACUACAUCUGCCACGGCAUUCUGGCGACCAGUAUGGGUGCUUUGGGCAGGCAACGCAAUGAACCUCCUGAUCCAGAAUACGAACAGCUCAAGUCCAAAAUCUCGGCAAUCAUGAUAAUAACCCAGGCGGAGAAAAUAGCGCCGACAUACAAAGUCUUUUGCGAAGUGGUGUUUGCCCUAGCGAAUUCUGUUGGCCUGGGACUUGAGGAGCCGGCCGAGAAGACGCCCAGCAAAGAAGCCGAUUUUGCUGCGCCGCUAGAUGCAUUUAACCAUCUCAACUUCCCGUCCCCACCAGUCCCUGACUUUUCUUCAUUAGGCACAUUUGCGAUGCCGCCGCAGCAGCCGAUGAAUUCAGCCAUGCUUCCCCAGGGGCUUCUCAGUUGGUCACUCAGCGGAGAGAUGGACGUCGAUUGGAGUAUAUGGAACCUCGGUAAUAAUAACGGGGCAGAUUACAUGGGGUAUACUGCACUACCAUACCCUGGGGCGUAUGAUCCUGCCGGACUACACCACUGGCCGAGCUGA